UGGUUCGAGUCGUCAAAGAUCCACGCCGCUGCUCUCAUCAUCGGGGAGCUGGCGGAGUGUCCGAGUCACUGGAGCUCAGUCAAAUCCCUGGACCAGUGGCUCCAGGAGCAAGGAGUUCCAGGACUCCAAGGCAUCGACACCCGCUGCCUGACCCAAAAAAUCCGCGAGAAAGGGACCAUGUUGGGGAAACUCGUUUUGGAGGGGACACCAGAGGACAGCGUUCCCUUUGACAAUCCUGACAAAAGGAACUUGGUCCAGGAGGUGUCCAUGAAGGAGCCGCAGUUAUUCAACCCCGGCGGUAGUCUCCGGGUCACCGUGGUGGACUGUGGCGUUAAAUACAACCAAAUCCGCUGCCUGGCCGAGCGAGGGGCCCGCAUCACUGUUGUACCCUGGGACCACCCUUUGGACAGAACAGAAUUUGACGGUUUGUUCAUCAGCAAUGGUCCCGGUGAUCCGCUUCUCUGCCAGGCCACCAUCGACAACGUGCGGAAGGUGGUGAACGUGGAUGACCCCAAGCCGGUUUUCGGCAUCUGCCUGGGACACCAGCUGCUCUCUUUGGUCAUUGGAGCAAGGACCUACAAAAUGAAGUCA